AUUAACGGUUAAUGUUGUGCCAAAAUGUACAAUAUAUAAAAGUUUUUGUAUCUGACAGUGCCCAUUGAAAUGAACGGAGUAGUAGUUUUACAACAUCUGGGGUCCACAGUUUGGACACCACACUAGAUAAAGGACACACUUAGUAUGGAAAUGGGGUAUUAAACUUUCCUUUGGGGGUUCCUUCUUGUUGCUAAUGUGUUAUCAUUGCUGGGAAAUGCGUCCUAUUUUAGUAGCAUAUUUUGUGCCUGAAACUUGCUACAUUGUUAUGACUAUCAUUUUUAUCCCCUUUAAUGACUAUACUAGGUUGUUGUAGUUGUUCGCGUGCUCCCUUUGCCGUCACCUCAUACAUUAGAGGAAGAAGGGAAGAUACACGGCGGUGAACUGGACUCUACUGAGGCCUUGCCGUGUAUUUUCUCACAUUCAAAGAUGGACGUGUGCUGCCUUUUCAGAAAGUUCGAGAGCCUCCCCGCUCAGAACGCUCCCCUCCCAGCUUCUACCCGCCUCCUUCUCGGUGAGAGGGGCCUUCCUUUCCGUUGGUGCGCAUGCGCAGCUCGCCAGGGCGGGUGGAGGAGGAGAGUGCGUGCGGCACAGCUGAGGACCGUGACGUCACGGCGGCGGUAGGACAGGUCGGAAAAGUGUUGAACAUAAACAAUAAGAAGGGCGGCAGGAACAGGUUUGUGCACUAUCGGCGGAGCCGGCGAGCGCGGUACCGAACUCCGGAGCGGGACGAGGCCAUGGAGACUCCUUUUACUCUUCGGGUGAGCGUGUCCUCGGACCAGGGCGGCAGGAAGUACAUGGAGGACGUCACCCAAAUCCUAGUAGAGCCGGAGCCCGGGGAAGGCGAGUUGUCUUGGGAAGAAGAGGAAGACGAGGACCCCGACUGUUCGCCCCGGACUAGUUCUCAGAGCCGGCCUGUACCGGAGAGCGGCCAGUGUGUGGGCUUCUUCGCCGUCUUUGACGGGCACGGGGGCCGGGAAGCCGCGCACUUCGCCAGAGACCACUUAUGGGGGUUCAUCAGGAAACAGAGGGGCUUCAUGUCCCGGGACUCCGAGGAAGUGUGUGCUGCCAUCCGCAAGGGCUUCAUAGCCUGUCACCAUGCCAUGUGGAAGAAACUGCCUGAAUGGCCAAAAACUAUGACUGGUCUCCCCAGCACCUCAGGAACUACCGCUAGUGUCGUUAUUAUUCGUGGGAAUAAGCUGUAUGUAGCCCAUGUUGGAGAUUCUGGCGUUGUAUUUGGUUCACAAAACAAUCCUAAAGAUAUGGUAAAGGCCAUAGAAGUAACACAAGAUCACAAACCUGAACUACCCAGAGAAAGGGAGAGAAUUGAAGGGCUUGGUGGAAGUGUAAUAAACAAAUCUGGCGUUAACAGAGUUGUGUGGAAAAGACCACGUUUGACACACAAUGGUCCUGUGAGGAGAAGUACAGUAAUAGAUCAGAUACCUUUCCUUGCUGUUGCUCGGGCACUUGGUGACCUAUGGAGUUAUGAUUUCUACAGUGGAGAGUUUGUUGUAUCUCCUGAGCCAGACACGAGUGUGCACACGAUUGAUCCACAGACACUGAAGUUUAUCAUUAUUGGCAGUGAUGGUCUUUGGAACAUGGUAUCGGGACAGGAUGCGGUUUCAUUGUGCCAGGAGCAAGAGAAGUCAUGUAGUAAUGGAGAGAGUGGCCAGUCUUUUGCAAAAAUCCUUGUGAGUCGUGCACUCUCUCAAUGGAGACAGCGUAUGCUACGCGCGGACAACACGAGUGCCAUUGUCAUUAGUAUCUUCCCUCAGUCAGAAAAGCAGAGAUGUUGUGCAAAUGAGGAACUAUUUAUUAACUUGUCAGACAGUACACACUACAGCAGCCAAGACAUGCACCUAAUGUCCACAUCGCCAUGUUCCACUCCACCAAUCAAGAUACUGGAGGAUGAUCCUUGGUGGAGACUCUCUCUUUCUGAGACUCUUCCAUCUCUUAUUCGUCGAAAUGCCUUCUCUGAUAGUUGUAGUAAGUGGGGCUCUGAGUCUGGGAAAUCAAAAGCUCUACUUGCACCCUCCACCAAUUCUCUAGGGAAUUCAGAAAACCCUGAAGAAGAUAGCAGCACUUCUCAAUGGGCCAGUGGUUCUUCAAGCAUCUCCCCCAUGUGUCUUUUUCCUGGGACCUCAUCACGUGCUGGUGCAAAGGGUUCUAAAACACCAGGGAGUAAUAAUCCAAAACCCAACAUGGAAAAAUUGGCAUUAAAACGGACACUGGAGGAGUCCAACAGUGGGCCUGCUGUCAAAAAGCCAAGGAGGACCUUUACUAGAAGUGGGGGUGUGACAGAAAGUACUUCUACUACCCCAAGGAGGAGGAGUGCAGACAGGGUAAUAAUAAGACGCAGUCUAAGGGGCCAGAAGAAACUUGGACAUCCUUUAUUACAUCAGCCCCGUAAAAGUAUAUGUGUGUGUUAACUGCUUUCCUGUCUGGUUUUUAUGAUUAUUGACUCCAACUUAAUUUUUAAGGAGCUGAGUUUUUUUUUUUUUUUUUUUUCUUAUGCAACACACAUUGUUGUCCUCCAGUUCUGUUAGCCAGCACUUCACAUUCAAGACUAAUUCAAUGAACUAAUUCUGCACAACUUGACAUACUGUCUACUUCCAGCUGCAGGCUUGUGGACCUCCAAACCUGUAGAUAGGUGCUAUGCUUUAGCUGUUUCUCCUAUUUUAAAUAUUUUUUUAUAUAUUUAAAUAUUCCAUUUUAGGAUCACUUACCUAAUGUGGUAGCAUACAGUUAAGAUGUAUGUACAUGAACAUUUUAUGUUUAUUCUAGAAAUUAAUGUUAUAUCAAUUUUAAAGUCAACUUAUCAUAGAAUAUUUAAAUAUUAAUCUUUGAAAUUUAAUUGCUUUUUAUCAGACAUGUCUGCAAAUUCAUUACUCAACAAUAACAGGGACAUAGAUCAGCUUACUGGACUUACUAUUUAUAAACUUUAUUUUUUAUUAACCAAUUUGCCAUUCAUUUUGAGCGAGUAGUUGAAUGUAGCAAGUAGUUACUGUAUCUUACAUUCAGGCAGUCAGCUUUAAGAAGUGAUUAUUUUAACAAGAAACUUUAGAUGGCUUGACCACUUGUAAAUUCUUCUUGGAUCCAUAUUCUGUGUACAUGCAUGUCUAUGUUGUACAGGAUGUGCCAGUGUUAGCAUGCUAAACCUCCCACUUCUGUUACGCAGGCAGCUGUUUACACAAUCAAAAAGACUUUAAGGCUCUGUUCACACUCAUGUUUGCCAUAUGUACAUGGGGAUGCUUACAGAGCACUUCUGGUACAAAGGCAUGUGGUACAGAAAUGUGUUUUGCAGAAAAGUCUAUGGUUGGGCUUUACAUCCAGAGUAUCUGACUUUCCUAGUAUGUACACAAAACAUAAAUAUCAUGUGAAAAUGUUUACUUGUCUGCCCAAAUUCUCUACCGUCUCUUAUGGCAAACAGGAGAAGCCCACUUCUCUCAUGCCAAGGAGACAGCAGGGAUCUGAGUACUACCAAAACAGUGGGGCAUUGGGCAAGUCAGCACAUAUUAAGGGUAUGUUCAGAUGAGCGGAUCCACAGCGUAUUUUACGCUGCAGAUCUGCCACCAAAGGACCGCUACAGGGUGCCUUUUAGAUAUGCCUGCUUGGAACUGUAGUACGCUGCUACGAGGAGACACACUGUGAUGUGCGAGUCGCCGCACGUAUACUCACACUGCAGCUGCUCUUGGCCUAGGUCAGGGAGCAGCCACGAUGUGUGCAAGUACACAUGCGCGGCGACUUGCACAUUGCAGCAGUGUGUCUGCUCUUAGCGGCGUAGUGCUGCUCUGAGCAGGCACAGCUAAAGGCACCCUGUAGGGCUCCUUUAGCAGCAGAUCUGCAGCAUAAGAUACGUUGUGGAUCCGCUUGUCUUAACAUACCAUAAGGCAUCAUAAGGCAAAAAAAAAAAGCUGGAAUCGGGUUACUAUGGACAACUGCUUUUCCUCUGUACAAGGUUUGAUUUCCCCCAUUGCUUAAAAAGAGAGAAAACUGCAGGAAUUCAUGCACUUCUCAUACAUUGUGUCCAGCCGCUUCUUCAAGGACUUAAAUGGAACGCAGAUUACAAAAAAAUCCUGCUGCUUUUUGUGUUUCACUGCAGUAUUUUUGUGUAAACGCAGUCUAAAGCGAAUAUUACUAUUUACAUUUUUCUUUUUAACCAAAAGUUUUUUCAAAUUUCCUACCUAUAAUCCAGAAAUCAUGCAGUUUUUAGUUUAAGAAUAAGAUGAUAUUUCCAGUUUUUUUUUUAGAGAACUUUUUCAGCAGUCUAAUUACAGGCAAGAUAAUGAUGAGGUUAUGUUCACAAGGGGGAAUGUUAGUGUGGACAAUCCACUGACAGUGGAGUGUCGGCAUAACAUACCGGCGCUAAGACCGCUUGAAAAUACGCCAUCUCGUAGAUGGCAAUGCAUUUCUAUGCAGACACCAGAAUAUAAUUUUCCGCAUCAGAAGUUUUUUGAGCGGAAAUUCUGCUAUGUGAAUAGUGCAUCAGAAUCCCAUUGAAAUCAAUGAGACACUGCUGCUGCGGAAUCUCUUUGCCGAAUUCCACACGGAAAUUCUGUUGUGUGAAAAUUAGUCUGAAAGUUAACACCUACAUGUGCACGUGAAGACCGAAUCGGGCAACACUCACAAGAGGUUAUGGUCACUGUUCUCAUUAUCUCCCUCCAUUCACAGUAACCUCAGCUUAAGUUACAAAUCAUGCUUAGACAACUUGGGCCAAGGCAUCCUCUCCAGGUAAAGGUUUCUUCAGUCCAUGUGGCUGCUGUAAAGCAUAUUCCUAAAUGCUGUUAGGAGAGCAGAAGCUCUGGCAAUAAAGCUGCCCCCAUGAUAAAGUACAAAAGUGGAAACAAUUAUAAAGAAAAAAUAGAAAAUAUUUUUUCAGUAUCUGCAUUCCCUUUAAGGGUACAUUCACACAGACAGUAUUCACUGCUGUGCUUAAACUAUUGAUUUGUAUUAAUUUAAUAUCAUGAAAUCCUCUGCAGAAAUGGGAUGUGUGACCGACCGUCUGUACCCUAAGUAAGAUCAGUCAGUUCCACAGCUUUGUAAAUCUGGAUAGCUUUAAUUUAGUAAAGAAUAUAUAGAUAUUGUUCAUAUUUUAAUGGUUUGUAUUGUACAGGAACAUAUGAUCUGCUAUAAAAUAUUUUCCCCAGCCAUUCUGGCAUAGACCUUUUGGUACAUGUAACAGAUUACACCUGAAAAAUCCUAUAUUUUCAUAUAAUAUUUCAUUAUAUAGAAAGUACUUAAACUUCCUAAUGUGAAACCAAGGAAAUGUUUUCUUUUUUCUUUAUGUUUUCCAUAUCUUAACUAAUCAUUUAUGCAGCAAUAUGACUGGUUCUUUGUUCCAUGUGUGUAUUGCCACUGGUUUGUCAGUUAUGGGUAACAUGUGAAACCUGUAUUUGGUGUUUUUAAAUGUAAUUAUUUUGAGUUUUUAAUCACCUGCAAAACUGAUUUUGUAUAUACUUGUAGACAUCCAUGCUGUUAAGUUAUUUUACACUGCAGUGUAGAGACUGUUGGGCAGUUAAUUCAUACAACAAAUAUUUGUACAAAAUCUC